AUGCCAGACGUGCAGGCCAGCCAAGCCCUCUACGACCUCGCGCGGAAAUGGUUCGCAAUCAUACCGCCCAUCAUAUGUCCCGCGACCUUCGCGUUUGACGCCCCUUUCGGGCGGUUCACACCCUCGCAGGACAGCAUAUUCCUCGUUGAUGGCCUGAGGUCAUGGAUCUUCAUGGAGCUCAUCUCCCCCGCAACAUUCAUCUACGCCUUCCUACACUCCCCACUAUCACCUACGGCGGCGGGAACUGCGCCCCCUCUCACGCUCUCCCACCCGCCUACAUUCCUGGCAGCGCUGUUCUUACUGCACUACCUCAACCGCGCGAUCAUCUCCCCCCUCCGCACACCCUCGCGCUCGAAGUCCCACAUCUCCGUCCCGCUCUCCGCCGUGCUCUUCAACACCGUGAACGGCUCGCUCCUCGGCGCAUACCUCUCCUCGCCCGCCGCGCACGCCUACCUCUCCGGGGCGUUCUCAAGCCCGCGCUUCUGGGCGGGUAUCGCCGCGUGGGCCGUCGGCCUCGCGGGCAACAUCGUGCAUGACGAGAUCCUGCUGAACCUCCGCCGCACGGCGAAGAAGAACAAGGCGAAGGCCGCGAAGGACGGCGACGGCGACGGCGCGCAGGAGAAGAGCAAGGGCGAGCACUACGCGGUCCCGCACGGGCUGCUGUACCGCUACAUCUCGUACCCGAACUACUUCUGCGAGUGGGCGGAGUGGCUGGGGUUCGCGUGCGCGGCGGCGCCUGCGCCCGCGGUCACGUCGCUGAGCGCGUUCUUCGCGACGGCGAGCCCGCCGUGGCUGUUCUUCCUGUCGGAGGUGUUCUUGAUGUUCCCGCGCGCGUGGAGGGGGCACCUGUGGUACCUCAACCGAUUCCCGGACUAUCCGAAGGAGCGCAAGGCGGUCAUACCCUUCGUGCUGUGAUCUGUAAUUCUGCGCUACGUGCUACUAUAUACUCG